AUGCUGCGAUGGGGACGAUCUGCGCUGGCUGCCGCGGGUCUCCGUCCACGGCCAUCGCUGGCUCUUGGCUCGUCUGACGCCGAUCCGACUGUUAACUUACAUGCUGACCCUGAGGCGGCCAUCGGAUACCUUGCCGCCGAAGCGGCCUGGACUGAGGCGGCGGUCAUGAACCCACUGGCGUCCGAGGUCGACGCCCUCGCGGCGGGCAUGCUCCGCAAGCUCCCUCCAGACUCGGCCGUCCCGCCGGAGCGUGUCGGCGAGUAUCUGGUGGCGGUAACCCUGCCUCCCGGGGCCGAGUAUCCGGUCGUCUCGCGGACUCCCGCUGCUGCCCCCGAAUCUGCGCCGCAGCUCGUCCUCGACCUCAACACCCUCUUCGACACCUUUGCCACCUCCACCCUCCAGUUUGGCGACGUCAAGCUCUCGCCGGACGGUGCCCGUGUCGCCCACGCACUCGACGUCGGCGGCGCCGGCUCCAUGCAUGUCUACGUCAAGGACCUCGCCACUGGGGCGUACCUUGACGCCGCCGGCUGGAGCCAGCCACCCGGCGCUCCGCCGGCGCCCGUCACUCCCGACCCGAUCUCGGCACUCGAGUGGGAUGCAGACUCGAGAGGUCUGAUCGUUGUCUCGGACGCUGGUGAUGCCGUCGGCAUGGUGGGCGUCGGCCGCGACCGCGCUCCGUCGUCCACACACUGGUUCCUCUCUGCGCCUGCAGAUAGCCAGCUCUUGAGCGAGCCAGCCCACUUUGAUCUCGGCACCACCUCGCGCCGAUCAUACCUCGCCGCUGGCCUCUUUGGUGCCUCGUCGUCAUGCCUUUGGAUCGCGCGGUCUUCCCCCGGGAAGCCUACCCCGCCGGAGGCCUUUAAGCUUGUCCGCGAGCCUGUGCCGUCCACCAAGUACUUUGCCGCCGAGUGGGGGGCCGACACCGAGCCCGAUGCUCGCCUAGCUCUGAUAGUUUCUUCGCCUGCUUGGCCCAACUACGCCAUCGUCGACGCUGCCACCGAUGAGCUCCUCCUUCCCCACGAUCCAAGCUUCGCCAUCGAGGACGCUGACGUCGUCGGAAAUGUCGCUGUCGUUCUCGGGCGAGAGCUGGACUCGGGCCUUCCCGGCCUUCGGCUGCUGCGGCUUCCGCCUGAUGCGCCACUCGGCUCUGUGCCGCUGGCGCCAAGCCUUCCAAGCGAGCUCUCGUCGUUUGUGCCGGGCGCCAACUGGCAGCCGCCACGUGGGACGCCGUCGGCCCCGCCGUCGUACCGCCUCGUCGGCGACUCGCCCAUCCAUCACGAGUCGCCAGUCGACGUCAAACUCAGCGGCGCAGGCUUUGGUCGCAUCGCUGCCUCGGCCGUUGCGCCUGCUGUCGCUGCCACCGUUGAGCGGUUGGCUGUCCCAUCAUCGCGUGAUGCCGGGGUCUCUAUCCCGGUCACGGUUGUCAAGCCAGCUGACGCUCCAAACGGCCCCAUGCCGUUCCUCACCUUUGUGUACGGUGCGUACGGCAUGUCGCUGCCCGAGACCUACGAUGAGCGCUGGCUGCCGAUGAUUGAGCGCGGUGUUGGCCUGGCCUACAUUCACGUCCGCGGCGGCAGCGAGCUCGGCCCGGAGUGGCACGCCCGAGGUGCCCGCGAGUACAAGGCCAACUCGAUCUCUGAUUACGUCGACUGCCUCGAACACCUGCAGUCCACUGGCCUCGCUGAUCCGAGCCGCACCGGUGCGCUUGCGCUCUCUGCAGGCGCCAUUGUCGUCGCAAACGUUAUCCUCAACGCACCGCACCUGCUCUCGGCCGCCGUCUUGGACGUCCCCUUUGUCGAUGUCCUCGGCGCACUCGAUGCCCAUCGCGGCGUUGCCGCAGCACGCGGCCUCGAGGCCGCCGACCUGGCCGAGUACGGCGAUCCCCGGAGCGAUGCAAUGCUGCGCAAGACUAUAGAGGCUUACUGCCCGCACGCGCAGCUCCUCGCGCUUUGGCGACAUGCGCGCGACGCCGGCAAGGCCGACGCCGGCGGUGCCAAUCGCCCCCGCCUCCUCGUUCGCGCUGCCGUCAACGACGACCGCGUCCUCCCGGCUUCGGUUGCCGCCUUUACCGCCCUCUACCGCAGCACGUUUCCCGAUGCCGAGCUCGCUGUCGAGGUCGAGGACGACGUCGGCCACUUUGGCGACGCCGGUAAGAUGGGCGUCGCGAGCAUAAAAGCCCACGAGCUCUGCUCCAAGUAA